UUUCAUAAACUCACAUAGUACAAUUGUGUAAUCCUUCGCUCAUGCAUCAUCGCUGGUGAAAAUCUGAACAGAAUCUGUUUUAUCUCCACUCACGGGUAGAUCUGACAGAAUACAGAAAUGCGGGCUACGGGAUUGUUGGUCCUUCUGAUCGUACUGUGGGAGCAAUCCCUCUCUCAGAAACCAAUGUUCCAGGAAGUUACACAGACCAUCCUUCCGACUGACAGGCUGCACAAUCCAACACAGCUCAACUAUGGGAUGGCAGUUACAGAUGUGGAUGGUGAUGGCGACCUCGAAGUAGUAGUGGCUGGAUACAAUGGGCCGAACCUGGUGUUGAAAUACGACCAUACUCAGAAUAAACUGGUAAACAUUGCUGUCGAUGACAGUACCUCACCUUAUUAUGCUCUGAGGGAUGUUGCUGGGAACGCUAUUGGGGUCACGGCCUGUGAUGUGGAUGGAGAUGGACGGGAGGAAAUCUACUUCCUCAACACAAAUAAUGCCUACUCGGGACACGCCACUUACUUUGACAAGCUCUUCAAAUUUCGUAAUGGUCGCUUUGAGGAUCUGCUCAGUGACGCGCUCAAUGUGCGCCGUGGUGUUGCCAGCCGCAUGGCUGGGCGUUCUGUGGCGUGCGUCGACAGAAAGGGAACGGGUCGCUACUCAGUCUACGUGGCAAACUACGCCAGCGGCAACGUCGGACCGCACGCACUCUUAGAGAUGGACGUGGCUGCCAGUGAUGUAGCAAAUGGCGUUAUCGCCCUGUCUGAUGUCGCUGUCACAGCUGGAGUCAAUAAGCUCACAGGUGGACGCGGGGUUGUGGUCGGACCCAUCCUCAGCGAUUCAAAGUCUGAUGUUUUCUGUGACAAUGAAGGAGGACCCAACUUCCUGUUCAAGAACAAUGGAGAUGGGACUUUCAUUGACAUUGCCAGGCAAGCAGGUGUGGAGGACAGAAACCAACAUGGUAGAGGAGUAGCAUUGGCUGAUUUCAAUGGUGAUGGGAAGACAGACAUUGUCUACGGUAACUGGAAUGGCCCACACAGGCUCUACCUGCAGGGCAGCAACUCAAAUUUCAGGAAUAUCGCAACUGCAGUAUUUGCCUCCCCCUCUCCGAUUCGCACAGUUAUAGCAGCUGACUUUGAUAAUGAUGGGACACUUGAAGUAUUUUUCAACAAUAUUGCCUACAGAGGCAAUGCCCCCAACAGGCUCUUCGGGGUGUCAAGAAGAGCGAAUGCUGACCCUUUAAUCCAAGAACUUCAUGUGGGAGAUGCUGCAGAGCCUCAAGGCAGAGGAACAGGCGGCACCGUGACUGAUCUCGAUGGAGACGGUCAGUUGGACCUUCUGCUGGCACACGGAGAGAGUUCAGCGCAACCAAUCUCUGUCUUCAAAGUCACGCAGGGCUCGACAAAUAAAUGGCUUCGAGUCAUCCCUCGUACACAGUUUGGCUCGUAUGCACGAGGUGCUAAGGUAACAGUCUUCACCAAGAAGAGUGGAGCUCAUACACGCAUCAUUGACGGAGGAUCCGGGUACCUGUGUGAAAUGGAACCCGUUGCUCAUUUUGGUUUAGGAAACGAUGAUGUGUCGGUGUUGGAGGUCUCUUGGCCUGAUGGUAGCUUCAUCACACGUGUCCUUCAGCCUGCCGAGAUGAAAUCUGCGGUGCAAGUAGCAUAUCCCAGGGACGCAGAAUUGUCUACGCUUGCCAAUGACACAGAGUGUGGUCAAGGCUUUACUGUGAAGAAUGGCCGCUGUAGAGGCAUCUGAGGAUGUUUUUCAUACGAUCCGCCUUGCCUUGCCAAGCCAUGUUUUUAUUCUCUACGAUGAGUAGUCUUCUAUUUUUUAUGUUAUUGCACUACGAAA